GGUGAUAAUCGGAGCUUGGGUGACCUGUGAUCGCAGGUCGUGACGUGCAUUUUCAACAUGGCGACGAAACAUCGGGUCCUUAUCACUGGAGCGUCUGGCCUUCUAGGGCGAGCAAUUCUAAAGCAGUUUUCUAACUCCGAUAGCUGGGAAGUUCUAGGCCUUGCUCAUUCGCGGGCCACAGGGGCUCUAAAAAAGGUAAAUCUGUUGGAUUUCGACGAAGCGCAGCGAGUUGUGACGGAGUUCAAGCCCCAUGUGUUGAUCCAUUCUGCCGCAGAAAGAAGGCCAGACGUCGUGGAAAACGACGAGGAAACUUGCGAAAAAAUGAACGUGGGUAUAACUAAAGUCUUAGCAACAACCAUAAACGAUUUGAACAAUGGAUUGGAAGUCCCGGAACAUUUUAUGCUAUAUAUCAGUACCGAUUAUGUGUUCGAUGGCACGAGUCCACCUUACAAACCUAUGGAUAAGCCAAACCCGUUAAACAAGUACGGAAAAAGUAAGCUGGCAGGAGAGAAAGUGGUGCAGACCUGUGUCUCUGAUUCGGGAAUCCUCCGAAUUCCAAUUUUGUACGGAAACGUGGAAUAUUUGAAGGAAAGUGCCGUCACAGGUUUGUAGCUACUGGUUAUUUAUUUUACUGAUUAUUUUUGUACAUAUCUCCGGAUGUAUUUUUACAGUAUUAAUUGUCUGUCUUAUUUAAACUUAGUUGGUGGUCUGUCUUGCAUAUGGGGUCUUUUGACUCUUUUACAGAUCGUAGCUAUUGUAUUAAAAGUAAUCUCUCCUCUCCCCGCCCGCCUUCCCCGCCUUCCCCCCCUUCCCCCACCCCACCCUUGCAUGCUGGGUCAAGGAGCAAUGUAAUUCCUCAGGGGUAAGUUUUAAAGGUCGAGGAAUUCUUCACUUGCAGUGAAAAAAAAAUAAUUACAAAUUCCUUAGGGGCAAUCUGAAGCGGGAAACAGAGAAUUCGUGAAAAAAAUUCUUCAAGGGUAGACCCAUAACUAAUGGCAGUCUGCAUGGGUGCAUGCAAUUUGGUGAUUUCUUCAGGAGUAAGAAAAAAGGGUGGUUCCUCAACAGAGGGGGAGGGGGUGUGGAUAUUAAAUUCAAUAGCCCAUCCACCCAGCUGUACAUGUUUGCUAAGGGUGGGACCGGCAGGGGGGUGGGGGAGUGGUGUGUGUAAGAAAGAUCAGAUGAGGGCAGAUUGGAGAUGGGGUAACAAGAAGUGACCAUCUGUAAGCGACAUAUUUACUUGUGUCAGUACUGUGAUCCUUGUUGAAUUUUUACUUCUUAGUGCAGUGCUUAUUUGCCGGCAAUGCUUAUUUUUGUAUUCACAAAUACAGUCGAACCUCCUGUAAGCAAACACCCAAAAUGUGGAAACUGUUUUUUCUCAUCCCUUCAAGAUGUAGCUUAUAUGGGCAAACUAUCUCUUUACUCUUUACACUUCCUCGACCCAAGUCAAUCAGAGGUAACUGAGAGAGCUUGCAUGCUCAGGCUAAUUCAAGAAUCAUAGAACAGGUUAAAAUUUGAAAUUGAAAACAAUGAAAAAAAAAAACUUUACCAAAUUAACGCUGUUGAACCCUGGUUGACAUAUUACAUAGUGGGACCUCUAAAGAUUAAAAUAGUCUUCCACAUUAUUUUUUACUUGCAAAGUUGCAUCUUUUUUUACAUUCAAUUUAAUGCUCAAGUUCAGUGUUUAUUAAUUUAUGUGUGUAGGCUUCAGCUAGAAUCAUCACUGUAAGUUACUUUUUGUGCAAUAGUUAAGGCGAGACAUUCAUGGUAUGGGAAGGAUUUUGACUAGGAUCUUAUAAUCUUCCACAUUAUUUUUUACUUGCAAAGUUGCAUUUUUUUUACAUUCAAUUUAAUGCUCAAGUUCAUUGUUUAUUAAUUUAUGAGUGAAGGCUUCAGCUAGAAUUAUUACUAGAGACCUUAAGAUACCCCGAAAUCGGUGUACGGGUAACGGGUAGCGCCAUGUUUUUUUCAUUUUGUGGUGACGUCAUCGACCUUACCCGGUAGAAGCAGCCGUUUUUCCGGGGUAGACACCAGUUUACCCAUAGAAGAUUUACGAGUAGCUGCAAAUCCUACAUGAUGGAGAAACAAGUAAGUUUUUAAGACUUUUUAAGUACAAAUGUAAAUUGUAUGACUCCUUGGCAAUGUUAUUGCAAGUCUGUUCAAAUAUUUUUGCCAAAUUUGAAUUUUAGCUGUAAAGAAAGCGCUUCAAAAUGUAUUGAUUUUGGACCUCAAAUGUGCAGGUUGAACUCUGAAACGAUAUCAAUUUGUGGCGGUAUUUGGGGGGAUUUCUGAGAAUUGCUCGAACGUUUGAGUUUCGCAAAAGAAAUAGCAUUGAAAAAUUUAGCAUGGGAGUCACUGUUGAAGUUGACAAUCAAAGGAAUUGUUUGGUGAUGUGCCUCGAUCAAAUGGCGGGGUUUGCGAUAACAAGCUUUCGGUCGAGGGACUUCCCGCCAAGUUUCUUAAAAUCUUUCUAUGAUAUUUCAAUAAGCUUAUGUAUGAAUGAAUUAUUUGUUGCAGCUUGUUGUUAAGAUUUGAGGGAGAUUUUGUAUGCAUUAAGCGACAUGCAUGUACAAAGUUAAUUUUGCGUGCUUGUUCUUCGGGUAUCUUAAUCGAAAUAGUCACGCACAUGAACAUUUUACGUGUACGGGUACACUACCCGUACCCGUACACCGAUAUCGGGGUAUCUUAAGGUCUCUACUGUAAGUUACUUUUUGUGUAAUAGUCAGAUAGCCUUGUAACUUAGGGGAUUUAAGGUGCGACGUUCAUGGUAUGGGAAGGAUUUUGGCGAGGAUUUUUGGUUUUGUGAAUUCUCUGUUUUAUUAUUCUAGUUCUCUUUGAAGCUCUUAAAGAAACUGGAAAACCUACCAAAAUGGAUGAUUAUGCAUUCCGGUAUCCUACCCUGGUUGAUGACAUUGCCACAGUUUGCAGAUUCAUUGCAGAAAAGCGCGUCACAGAUUCUUCUUUCAAAGGAAUUUGGCACUGGAGUGGAACAGAAGUCAUGACAAAAUAUGCAAUGGUUUGCCAAAUGGCAGAGAUUUUUGGUUUAUCACACAGUCACCUGAUUCCAAAUCCUGAUGCUCCUAGUGCUGGAACUCCAAGGCCCCGCAACACUGCUCUUAGCUGCUCGGAUCUGGAAUCCAUGAUGGAAGAUGGUGGGGCAAGCAUGCGCACUCCAUUCAAGGAAGGAAUCAAACAGUGUCUGCAGCCUUUUGUUUAACUUACAAAUUUAUCAAGCUGAAAUGUAUGGUCUGUGACUGUAGUAUUUUGUCUAUAUAUUGAUUCCCCAGGGCUUGAAAAAAGGCCCAUGUACAUGUAUAGUAGUCCCGGACAAGUAGAUUUUCUUGCUGGGCAAGUAACUUUUAAAGCUUAGUUAAUGCCCUUGUUUUACUUACACAUUAGUAAGGCUGAAAUAAAUGCUCUUUUUUUUUUCCAAGUAUUGAUCCCCCAGGGCUUAAGGAAAGUCCUGUCCAGUAGUCUGGGGCAAAUUUGAAAUAGAUUUUCUUGCUGGGCAAGUAAGUUUUAAGGCUCACUUGCCCAGUGGGAAACGGUCCAGGUAAGUCACCCUUUAACCAAGUCAUUAACUGAGACGAGCAAGAAGAGGCCCCAGGCUUCUUUCCCAAAGGACUUGCUGGGAUUCAAGUUGUUCUUGAGCCCUGUUCUCGACAAAAUAUUACUAAGGCUAUGGGAUACCUGCUACCUUUAAACACCAGUUAGAGAGUAUGUACCCAGCAUAGUGAUAAAAAGGUUAAUAUUUUAAUAUGAAAAUUGCCUACAGUUUGGAUACUUAAAGUAAAUUUUAUAAGCCAAGAUAAAGAUAAAAGAUAUUCUAUGUUAGUAAAAUCCAACUAGUGGUCUAUUAUCAAUUCUGCAUUCUGAUUGGUUGAGCUACUACUAGGCUAUAUGUUAAAGCCCACUAGUAGCGAAAAAGCACAAGCUUUGAAAAGCAAAACAGUGGUGGUUGAAUCACGUUUUGCUAGCUGAAGUUGUUUUGUCUCGAUAUCGUUGACCAACUAUUUGGAUUUUACUAAAAGAAUUAUUCU